AUGAAGACUGCCCAGAGUAGACAGAAGUCAUAUGUUGAUAAAAGGCGAAAGCCUUUGGAGUUUGCUGAGGGGAAACAUGUGUUUCAUGCACAGUUGAGGAAGUAUGUCCAUGACCCAAGUCAUGUAGUUGAGAUGGGUGAGAUUCAAGUUAAGGAGAACCUGACUUAUGAGAAGAGACCGAUAGCUGUGAUUGAUUACAAGUUAAAGGAGUUGAUGGGCAAGUCCACUGGAUUGGUGAAGAUCUUGAUGAGUUUUAGGACUCUCGAGUUGGGAUUAGGCUGGGCGUGCUCAGGCUGCCCCGGGCGUGAACAUGUUUAUGAAUGA